CCGGAUUGGUAGAGUUCAGCGCCAAACUGACUCAUAACCGGGCGCGCUCUCCCUCCCGUCUCUUCGCGGCGCGGAGCUGUCCAUGAUCCAGUGGUGCUGAAACCGUCGAAGACUCGUUUUUAACCCCCCAUCCUCAUCCCCCCCCCCCCAUCACGGUUUGAUUGCACCCAUAGAGCCUUUUUAGAGUCUUCUUCUUGUUUUUAUCUGUGAAAGUUACACGCGCUUCUGUUUUUAGCGUCACUUGGCGGAUUUCCAUCCGCGGUCCGCUCUACCCGAAGAGCGUAUCGCCUCCAACUCCUCGGCCGAUCCCACCCCAAAAGAAUUCAGAGGAAUCUCCGAGAGGCGCUACCAUGGCUUUCAUGGUGAAACACGUGGUGGGGGGGCAGCUGAAGAACCUGACGGGCGGACUGACGGAGGAGAAACCCGAAGCGGAGAAGACGGACGCGGCCGCGAAGGGGAUGACUCAAGAGGAAUUCGAACAGUACCAGCAACAGUUAGAGGAGGAAAAACAAGAACGAGAAGCAGACUUUGCCCAGAAGAAAGCGGAGAGAGCCACCGUUCGAAGCCACUUCCGGGACAAGUACAGACUGCCAAAGAACGAGCUGGACGAGACCCAGAUCCAGCAGGCGGGGGACGACGUGGUGCUGCCCACGGAGCUGGCCAAGAUGAUCGCCGAGGACAACCAGGAGGAGACGCACAAGCAGUCGGUGCUGGGCCAGCUGACCAACAUCCAGAACGUGGACAUGGACCAGCUGAAGGACAAAGCCCAGGCAACGCUGGAAGACCUCAAAAAGCAGACGGAGAACUGCAGUCUCAUGUGAUGCGUCCAAACUCUCAAAUCCCGGGGGAUUAGAGUUUUAGUUGGGCAAAUAUUUUUCAAAGGCAGAGCUGCUCUGAAGGUUCUUAUUGCUUUAAGGGGAGUGUCAGUCGGCAGAGCCUAGACGGGGACCCUGGAGAAGAGGAAGGGGUUUGUCUUAUUAGUUCAGUUAGCUUUCCUGUUGACCUUCACACAUCCUCAAAGAAACAAAUGAGUUUUUCUCAAAAUUAGCCAACCCGCACUCUUAAAGAUUUAUUUGGCUCUUCCCAUUGAGAUUUAACCGAUGAGAUUAAUUCUGCCUUUCGAGCAACUCCUCCUCUGAGAAAUAUGAAUCCAUUAAAUGCUUUGCUCCCUUCAUUCCCCAACCUUCCCCUCGCACUCCGUACGUCACGUGUCCAGUGAUAACACAAUGGGAAUCUGCAGGUGUGUGUGUGUGUGUGUGUGUGUGUGAUGCACACUCACGUGAGGAGGCCAUGUAUGUGUUGUGUUGAAUUGAAUUUGCGGUAAAGUCUUGUGGGCUUGUUUGUGUUCCCCUUACAAAAGCACAAAAUCAUUUAGGAGCAACAACUGAGGCUGUUUUUGUCAUGAGUAGCUCACUGAUUUUAAUUCUAAUAUUUUCUGAGAGCUAUGCUUAUAACUUUUAUUCAUUUUAAAGUAUUUUUUUUACUUUAGUGUGUCUUGGAAAUCUGUGCAAGGUUAUUUUCUCCAGAGCUCAGACAUCUAUAAGCUACUUUAAGGGCCUGCUCGUUUUUUUGCAGUUGAUUUUUUUACUUUUGCUUCUAUGAAGAGCAGCAAAUAAUUUAUGAGCAAUCAGGAACUGUGUGCUGCAUUUUUGAUGUUGUAUUUAAAUUCACAGUUACAAUUACUGUCCUUCCAAUACUGAAUUUAGCAUCAACUACAAGGGGAGUAAAUAUGUGUUUGUGCUGCAUCCAAAAGUUAAAGGAACAAUUCACCUCAAAAUAUAAAAUCACAUAUUUGGUGUGAUGUCUGUUGAUUUAAUUUUUUUUUUUUUGGGAUAUCUCAACAACUCAUCCAGAAACAAUCCAGGCUGAAAAAUAACGCCACUGGAAAUAGUCAAAGUGUGCAUUUUUGAUAUUCAGGUGAACUGUCCUUUUAAAAAAAAGGGGGGGGGAGCUGUUCAGAUGAGAGACAUGUAAACGCUUUAGAAGUCUUAUGCCAAAAUAUACUAAAAGUAUUGAAAAUACUUUGUCCAACAUCAAAGAAAAUGGCCCCAAAUAUGUCAAACAUGUGUAACUGUGGCGUGAGUAUAAAUCCACAUACAAGUAUCCAUGUUGUGUGAGUGUAAAAGGUGUCCGCUCUGCGCCGUGUUGACCUUUUGACCCCAUCCCAGUGGUGCCGUGUUGUGUGCUGGUGGAUUCGUGUUGUUUAGCCAGUGUGAUGCGUCCAGUGGUGUCUUCUGUAACUCGCUAUUCUGUCUUUGUUGGUUUCUAGCCAAACGUGAGCCAAUCAAAGAGAGAGAGGGGGGGGGGUGUUGUUGAUGUUGUGCUACAGCCACGUAAGCUACAUUUUUGACAGUGUUUGAUUUUUAAUGUAGCCGUGGUGGCGGUGGCAAUGCCAGCUUCGACGUCAGCACCUUUCAGGUGCUUUGUAGGUUGCACGAAUUUUGCAUCUUGAGAGGGAUCUUUUUAAUUUAAAGGAGUUAUGGGCAACAAAAGGUGUUUGUGCUGAUGUUUGUGCUGCUGAGGCCAAUCAUUUGCUGUCGCGUGAGAGGUGAACAAUAUAUUCGUAACAUUUCAAUAAAAUAGGAUGGUGGAAUAAUUGCAAUAACUUCCUUUUAUAACCGAGCUACUAGAAUCGUGAGACUAAUAUCGAUAGAUGGAACAGAAGCCAUAGAGAAAACCGUUUUGCUUUGUGUGUGUGUGACUUGAAAUAAUAAUUCAGUAAUAAUAAUAAUAUACAAAUGUAAUUUUCUGUGUGUUGUCAUCUUGUGGAAAUGUUAUUUUUUUCAGGAAAUGGCUGCCAUGACACGCAGUUGUGUCUCGUUGUUUGUUUGACAGUACCUCUAUCAUUCUGUCCCUGAAAGCAUUUCCGUGAUUUGCUUUUGUUUUGACGGCAAUAAACAGAUUUUUAGAAUUAUGA